CCGAGCGCGCCCUAAAAUAAAAGAGCACAAUCAUGUCAACCACGACGACCACGACCACAACAGCUCUGAUCCAACUAACAAGCAUAACAACCGCCCUCCUCUCCUCCGGCGCAAUAACAACCCUCUCCAUCUUCGACAUCCCCGAAAUCCGCUCGCAACCCGCGUCCCGCGCGCUCCCUCUAACGCGCUGGCUCUUCAGCCGCGGAAGCCACAUCUUCCCGACCGCCAGCGCGCUCUCAACAACCGGCUUCCUCUACCUCGCUUACACGCACCUCCCCUCCUCCUCCUCUUUUACAUCUCCAACGCCAUGGACGCAGAUAACGGACGCAGCGCAAGGCCAAGCGGGGCUCUACGCCCUCGCGGCGCUGUUGACGGCGAGUAUAGCGCCCGUGACUAUGUUUAUCAUGCUGCCUACGAAUUUCAGGCUUAUUCGGAUUAAUGAGGAGCUUGGGGGGUCGAGAUCCGCGGAGAGUGCUGCUGCUGCUAAGGGGAAGAAGGGGAAGGGGGAGGGGGUGAGGAGUGCGGAGGAGUCGGUGGAUGGGAAGGGGGAUGUUAGUCAGUGGAGCGAUCUUAGUGGCCCGUAG